CAAUGUUGCGAGUCCCCGUUUAGAACAGAGAAAUAUCUUUUUAAAAUAAAGCACACCCCCCCCCCGGGGCGCACAGGGGGGGUCGCUUAUCCGAGAUAAACCCGAAAGGAAACUCAAGAGCGAUCGAUUAGAAUCCGAUAUCGGCUUUCGAUAUCGAUAUCGGAGGAGCGUUCUGCAAGGGCAGGACUUCUCAGACCGCGGCCAAAAAUAAUAAUAAUAAUAAUAAUAAUAAUAAUAAUAAUAAUUAAUAAUAAUAAAGCGAUUACUGUAGCGAUUUCUCUUUCGGGUAAGCAGCACAUGAAAGAUGCAAUUCUCUGAAGACAGCUGCACCCAACCAGAAGAUGAACUUCUGUUUUGUGAAGACUGCCGGCUGUAUUUUCGGGACUCCUGCCCUCACCACGGUGCCCCCACUUUCGUGAGUGACUCCCCCGUCCCGAAUGAACCAACCUCGUCCCGGGCCAUCCUCUCCCUCCCCGAGGGACUGGUGGUCCAGGAGAGGGGUCAGGGGGCGGGGGGCAGGGCCAGCAGCGUGGGGGUGUGGACCUCGAUGACAUCACUGGCCCCCGGUUGGAUAUUCGGCCCCUACGAGGGAGAGAUCCUAUUGGACAAGCAGGACUGCACUGUGUACUCCUGGGCGAUUAAAGAGAACGGGUCUUAUUUCUACAUCGAUGCCUCGGAUGAAUCAAAAUCCAACUGGAUGAGGUAUGUUUCCUGUGCCUCUAAUGAAGAGGAGCACAACCUGACCGUGUUCCAGCUGCGCGGCCGGAUCUAUUACCGAGUCUCUCAGCCCAUCGAGGCGGGGAAGGAGCUGCUGGUGUGGAUCGGAGAGGAGUACGCGCGCACACUGGGGCUCAAACUGGGCCAGCAUUUCAAAUACGAAUUCGGCGAGAAGGAGCUGCUGAUGAAGCUCUUCCAAGACCUGCAAGUGAAGCCCCUCCCCCCUCCCCCUCGAGAGCUCCCCCUGGUCCACCUGAGGCCGCCCCCAAAACCAUCCGCCCACUCCCGGUAG